AUGGCUAUGGAUUCAAAUCAGACCUGCGAGAGAACAUUUGAUUUCAGCUUUUUUUCAUUUACCGCAAUAAAAUUUCAUCGCCCGAUUUCACGAGAGAACAUCUAUCUGCGAGAGAAAUCCAUCGCUCACUGGCCCGAUUGCAGCAUUCAACCCCGAUUCACAGGUUUGAAAAUGUCACAGACUUCAACCACUAAGAAAUUUGGAAGACCAAGUAGACUGAAGUAUGAAGAUAAAAUAUGUGACCAAUGUGGAAUCAAACUUGCAGUUAAGAUUGCUGGCUCUCGAAGUCCAAAUUUUCAGAAACUCUAUUACAUUUGUGAUAGAGAUGGAUUUAUUGGUUGGGCUAAUCCAAUAAAUGAAGACGAAUUGGCUGCAGAUUGUGUUUGUCAGUUGUUUUCAAUGUAG